AUGGCAAAAAAGACAAGCAACGCCCACUGCAUCUAACUCAACACAACAAGCUACCAUUAAGAAGAGCACAAUGGCACGGGCUGGAUCACAGAAGUUGUCAAAACAGCCAUUACCAAAAGCUUCCUCUCCCUUUCUCUCCUCUACUGAUCUAUCUCCAAAUGCAACAAAACAUGUCCGCAAAAAGACCACCUAAACUAGCCCCUUCCAUCUUCCUCUUCCUCCUUGUACUCCUCCAUGACCAAAUCCAUGCAAGCCCAAUAAAAAGUGUUGUGGUAUUAGUGAUGGAAAAUCGUUCUUUUGAUCACAUGCUAGGUUGGAUGAAGAAAAUCAACCCUGAAAUCAAUGGUGUUGAUGGCACUCAGUGGAAUCCACUGAACAUAACGGAUCCAAAUUCACCAAAAUUCUUCUUCAAUAACCAAGCUCAGUAUGUUGACCCUGAUCCUGGCCACUCUUUUCAAGCAAUAAGGGAGCAGAUAUUUGGGUCUGAAGACACGUCCAAGAAUCCUCCUCCCAUGAACGGCUUUGCUCAACAGGCUUUCUCUAUGGACCCAUCAACCAACAUGUCCCGGGAUGUGAUGAACGGAUUCGAGCCUGAUAUGCUAGCUGUUUACAGGGCACUUGUAUCGGAAUUUGCUGUCUUUGACAGGUGGUUUGCUUCGGUUCCAUCAUCUACACAACCCAACCGGCUAUUUGUGCAUUCAGGCACAUCUGCCGGAGCCACCAGCAACAUCCCGGCAAUGCUCGCUAAGGGGUACCCUCAAAGAACAAUUUUCGAAAACCUUGACGAUGCUGGAAUAUCUUGGGGAAUAUACUACCAGAACAUCCCGGCCACAUUGUUUUAUAGGAACCUAAGGAAGGUCAAGUACACUUCUAGAUUCCAUCCUUAUGACUCGUCGUUUAAGAAGGAUGCGGGAAAAGGCAAGCUUCCUGGUUAUGUUGUGAUUGAGCAGCGGUACACGGACUUGAAGACAGCCCCUGCCAACGAUGAUCAUCCUUCCCAUGAUGUUUAUCGAGGGCAAAUGUUUGUCAAAGAGGUGUACGAGACACUAAGGGCAAGUCCACAAUGGAAUGAGACACUGUUAGUAAUCACAUACGACGAGCAUGGUGGGUUCUACGAUCACGUGGCUACACCUGUAAUUGGGGUCCCUAGUCCGGACGGGAUUGUGGGACCAGCGCCUUUUUUUUUCAAGUUCGAUAGACUCGGGGUUAGAGUUCCCUCUAUCAUGGUCUCCCCGUGGAUAGAGAAGGGCACCGUUGUCCACGGACCCAAUGGGUCACCAUUUCCAACGUCAGAAUACGAGCACUCAUCCAUUCCUGCGACGGUGAAGAAGCUCUUCAACAUGACCACUUUCUUGACAAAGAGGGAUGAAUGGGCGGGUACCUUUGAAGGCAUCGUACAGACUCGGACUGAGCCUAGAACUGAUUGCCCAGAGCAACUACCGAUUCCAACUCGGAUCAGGAAGAGUGAGCCCAAUGAAGAUGCCAAGCUUACCGAAUUUCAGCAGGAGCUACUACAGCUUGCAGCUGUGCUAAAAGGAGAGGAUACUUUGACGAGUUACCUUGAAAAGAUAGGGAAGGAAAUGACAGUCAAGCAAGGGAAUGAUUACAUGGAGGAUGCAGUGAAACGAUUCUUGGAAGCAGGCCUUCAUGCUACGAGGAUGGGAGUCGAUGAAGAACAAAUUGUUCAAAUGAGGCCCUCCCUCACUACAAGAACAUCCAAACCAACAACCAAUCAACCAUGAUGAUCUUUGUUACAUGCUCAGCAACAUUAGCAAUUGUAUACACAGAAAAAAAACAUAAAUAAUUGUGAAACAAAUAAAGGUUUCUCCAUUUCUUGCUA